CUUCGACUUGGUCCCGCCUCCCGCCCCUCGUUGGGCGUGGGGAGGAGAGUGCUAGCCUUGGACACCGGCUUUUGCCAUAGAGAAGCAAAGGGAGAAAAGCCGGGACAGGGGGCGGGGCCGAGGGGCGGGGUGCUGGAGGAACGGGGUUCGCUACUCCUGGAAGCCGGCGGACUAGGCUGACUGGCGGCGGGUGCUGACAGAGAAUACGCCCUACCUUGCCCUGCCCUUUCUAUUCUACUCUACUCUACUCUACGAUACCCUACCCUGCCGUGCACUGUAGACGAACUUUGAGAGGUACCCCGGUGUAAGGAGCCCAGCCGAGCCGAGCCAUGGCGGCCGGUGGAAGUGGACCAUAUGUACAAAUAAUUGAACAACCCAGGCAAAGGGGCAUGCGUUUUCGUUAUAAAUGUGAAGGACGGUCAGCAGGAAGCAUUCCAGGGGAACACAGCACAGAUAAUAACAGAACAUACCCAUCUAUACAGAUAAUGAAUUAUUUCGGGAAAGGAAAAGGAAAAGUGAGAAUAACUCUAGUAACAAAGAAUGAGCCAUACAAACCGCAUCCCCAUGAUCUAGUUGGAAAAGACUGUAGAGAUGGCUACUACGAAGCUGAAUUUGGUCAGGAACGCAGAGCUCUGAUUUUUCAGAAUUUGGGGAUUCGCUGUGUAAAGAAAAAAGAAGUGAAAGAAGCCAUUAUUUCCCGAAUUUCAGCAGAAAUUAAUCCUUUUAAUGUUCCAGAACAACAGCUACUCAACAUUGAAGACUGUGAUCUCAAUGUAGUAAGACUCUGUUUUCAAGUUUUCCUUCUUGAUGAACAUGGCAAUUUAACAUCAGCUCUUCCUCCUGUUGUCUCCAACCCAAUUUAUGAUAAUCGAGCUCCUAAUACUGCAGAAUUAAGGAUCUGUCGUGUAAACAAGAAUUGUGGAAGUGUCAGAGGAGGAGAUGAAAUAUUCCUACUCUGUGACAAAGUUCAGAAAGAUGACAUAGAAGUUCGAUUUGUGUUAAAUGAUUGGGAAGCUAAAGGUAGCUUUUCACAAGCAGAUGUACACCGUCAAGUAGCUAUUGUAUUCCGAACGCCCCCAUUUUACAAAGCUAUUACUGAACCAGUAACAGUAAAAAUGCAGCUCAGAAGACCUUCUGACCAGGAAGUUAGUGAAUCCAUGGAUUUUAGAUAUCUGCCAGAUGAAAAAGAUCCCUAUGGUAAUAAAUCAAAGAAACAGAAAACAAGUUUAGACUUCCAGAAGCUGUUGCAAGGUUGUGUUAAUUUUCCAGAAAGAACAAAAGCUGGGCCUUCCCGAUCAACUGGAGAAGGGAGAAUCAUCAAAAAAGAAAUGCCAAGAACUUCAGAAACGAUGCCUCAAAUCCCAUCUUAUUUUUCUUCAUCCCUUGUGUCAAGUUCCAGUACUAUGUCACAUCAUGCUCCAGCAGUACCCUAUCCUUCUUCAAGCUGGCCUUCAAUGACUCUUUCUACAUCAGUAAAUUUAAUUAAUACACAUUCACCAAAUAGUUUUUCAGCAGGGACACUUCCCUCUGCUUCACAAAGUAGCCAGUCCUUCCUGGAAAUUGCUAAUGUUUCCAGUAGCCUAGAUACUUCAGAUCCCAGCAUUUUUAGCAACGGCACCAAUGGAAUGAGAGCUCCGGCGCUCUCCCAGGCCGACCCCUUCGGUGCCAGCGGCGGCCUGAUGCAGAAUCGUCCUAUGACUCUCCCAGCCCCUGGCAACGACGGCAUGAUGGAGACUGACGUGCACUUUGUGAGCAUGAACAGCCCGGCCUAUAACUCCAUGUUAAACCCCAGGGACUACCGGAGGCCGCUCCCUCCGUCAUCGGCCCCUGCCAGGGCUUCCAGCUCCAGCCCUGCCCUCUUUGGCCCACAGCCAGACGUGUUCGACUCCGUAGAUUUUAGUUGUCUAGAGAACAGUACCGUCAGCGAGUCUAAGUCCGCAGGAAAUCCUCAUCCAAAUAAUCCAAGCUUUGUGCAUAACAGUCAGUGCUAUGUUAAUGAUAACAUGCAAAGUGAAGAUCAUUUUAAUUCCUUUGAUGCCAGUUUUGACUUUUUAAUGACUAAUUAAAAUGGAGUUUGUAUCUUUGAAUACAUAUUUGCAGGUAUUUUAAGAUUAUUUUGAAUCUUAUGAUGCAUCAUUUUAAACCAUUUUUUUGCACUGAAGACUUGCUAUAAAUUGAUUAUCAUGUGAAUUUGGUCUUUUGUAGAUCUUGCCUAAAGGAGAUUGUCAUGGAAGUGCCCAAAGUAUUUCUUACAGCAAAGUUUUCCCUACAGCGUUGGCUUUUCUGAAGGAGCUACUAGAAAAGGGCACUUACAACGAGGCUCUAGGACACUAGCAAGUGAAGCUUUUUAUUCUGGUUAAGACAUUUUACUCUAAUGACUUUCUCCAUACCCAGGUUUUUAUGAAUUAAAUUUGCUGUGGAGCAAAUUAUAUAUAGAUAAUGUAAUGACUAUGUCAUUGGAAAAAAAUAAUUUUCAACAUUAUUAUUAUAGGCAGCAGGUGACCCCUAAGGGGUCUCCUGGGCCUGUGAGGUAUCAUGGGAAGUUUUUCCAGAUGUUGAUAAAGCCCGAGCUUGAAGAAAAUGGAUGGAGUCCUGGGAUCCUCUGGAGUAGGAAGCAAGUUCCCAAGAAGUCCUGCUUUUUUGUUCUCUGGCUCAUCAUUGGAUAAAGCUAUUUCUUUGUAAUGAUUGAAUAUCUAACAUUUCUGCACACCUUUAAAGAAGCUGGAUUGGCUUUGCUGAGAGGGUAGAGGCAUUUAUCCAUAGCUUUUAUCAUCAUCAGGAAUAUUUUAGACUUUCCUUAUCAUUGUAUUUUUCCCCAGAGCCCUCUUCACAUUUUUCAUUUGAUUAAGUUAAUGAUUUAAAAAAAUUUUUUUAAAGUCAAAUAAUGUGAAAUAGGAAAUGACAUGAAUGUAUAUUUAAAAUAUAAUCUGUAGCACACUGGCUACCAUAUUUAGGUUUUUUCUUCUCAUGUCAUAAUGAUUUUUAUUGCAUUAUUAUUUUAGUUGACUGUUUGGACAGUCCCCCAGAAACUUUUCUAGCAAGAAGCCUCAAUGAUAUAUUAUAUAUGUGUAUAUGCACAUAUGUAUAUAUGUAUAAAUGGUGUAAUUAAGUAGAUAGUCCAAAAUGGCACCAGGAUUAUUUCUCUAAGAGUUGAUUUCUCAUCAAUCUCAGAAAUGCUGGUGCAUGGAACAAGAUGUAAACCCAUGAGUAAAGUAUUUAUUGAGCUGUCUUGCCCUUUUUUUCCCCCGGUUGUUUUAAACUAGAAUGUUCUUCUUGAAGGUGAAAUAUGGAGUUCCAUUUGAGAUGGCAUAAUUUAGUUUUUGUUUAUGUACUAAGCAACACAGAGGAGCCUUAUCUCUUAAGAAAAUAAAGUAUUUUGGGUUGUCCCAUUAAUAAACCCCAGCCCAAUUAUCCUGUGGAAGUGACUUCUAGUCCAAAACUGGGUCUAGCCUUAAUGCCUAGGUUCGUUCCAAACCUAAAUUUACAUAAGGCUUCCUUGAUGUCAGUGCUCAAAAGCCAGGGCCAGGUCCCACAACUGGCUCACACAGCUUUUUUGUAGCUGCCAGGGGCAUGGUUCAGUGGUUUCAUUGAGGGAGAUCCUGGGUUCUCGUAGGCUGAGAUGAACGAGAAACUCCAGUGCUACCCUCUUGCCCUGUGAGGGCUUCGUCUUCACCUUCCCAGGAGGUGCUGAUCUCCCUAAAAUAAUUCCUGCUUGUUCAGGGUUCCCAAAGGAUCCGUAAGCCAGGUGAGACUAAGAGUUGUGGAGGCUCCCUUUGCCUUCAGCCUCAGACUCUUCAGAUUAUUUUUGUAGGAGAGCUGCUGGACAUGUUACCGUCCCAUUUCCCUUUUUCUGGGUCCACUAGCAAUCUUAGACUUCCCUUAUGUGCUUAUUCGGGCUUACGCAUGGGAAUGUAAUUCUGCAUACGUAAAGGGGCACAAACCCACUAAGGGUUUAAAGGUAUUUUCUUAAAACUGAAUUGACUACUUGUUCCUUUAUGUAAUUUGGAAAUUUAACUAUUUUAACAAGCUUCAAGUACCUCCUCACUGACCCCCAAAUUGCCUUGUAUUUACUUUACAUAUAUGUGUACAUGCUGUUUCCCCAGAUUAGAAUGUAAGCUCCUAGAGGGCACAGACUGAUUCAUUUUUGUCUUUGUUCCUGCAGUACGUAGCAGAGUGCCUGAUACAGGCACUUAAUAAAUGCUUUUUGAUUGAAGAAUUCUUUCUUUGAUGAUUUCCUAGACAUUUUGGGGUUUUUAAUAUCGGCUAUAAAUAGAAAAAAAUGAGGUUCUAAAGUACUAGUUCUGAUGCUAACAGAUAUAGAUGAAACUUGUCCCAUGCCCAGAAUACAACAGACCUUAAUGAAUCAACUUUUCCUAUUCUUGGGCUUUGGGAAUAAAGCACAAAGUCAUAAGACAACCUAAGACAAAGUGAUAUUACAGAUUUGUAUUGUUUAAAAAGAAAUAAAGAUUUUGUCCCAGAAUUGGCACAUGAUAAUGCUGCUAUAAAAAGUAAAUCUUUGUAAUAUAAUAAACUUUUUACAAAUAAAAAUCUUUGAAAAGAUAUUUCUUAAAAAAAAAAACAAUUCCAGGGCAUAUUCCUAACAAUGUAAGUCAAAAGGCAUGAUAAUUUUUGUAACUUACUAUGUAUUUACAAAAGAACUAGACUGAUUCGAAAUUGCACCAAUGGUAGAUAAAAUUGUUCUCUGCAACCUACUAGAGAUUUCUUGUUGAUUAACUUUUUUCCCCAACUUAAUAUGUUGAAAGUGAUAGCUCAAAGUUAUUUAAACUUGUAUAUUUAUUCAUAAGGUUGAGCUUUUUUUGAGUGAUAACUAUAACAAUUCAUGUUUCCUCUAAUGAAAUUGCCAGUGUACUUUAUCAUGGACUUAGGAGUUACUUUGAUUUAUUUUUUUAAAUAGUUGUAUGUACCUCUAUGUGUAUGUUGAUUUCCAUGAAUGUUUUUAAGUUUUUGUUGUAUAUUAUAUUUUGUUAUUUUUAUUUAUAUUUUUAUUUCAUUAUAAUGAAAACAGGAAUUCUGUAUGUAAUCUUCAUUAGGUUAUUGUAACCUUUAUUAUUUUUCCCCCCUCUCUUCUCUGAACAUGUUACUAUUCGCUUUAAAACAAAUCAUAUGGCCCGUUCACAUUACUAUUUAUAUACAUAGAAUUUUUCUACUAGAGUGUAAAUUCUUGGAGCAUAGAGCUGACUAUAUGCUUUUUGGAAUUCCCCACAGGACCUGGCAUGGCUCCUUGCACAUUGCAGGUGCUUAGUAAAGACUUUGUGAUUGUUGCUGAACAAACAUAAACUUAAAGAAAAUCUAUUGGUAAUUUUGGAUUUUAAUUUUAUUUCACUGAAAUGAACUUUUACUGAUAUUGACCUGUUUGCUAUACUAAUAAUUACACUAUUUGAAAAGAAUUAGAAUCUCAUUCUCUUAACCAAUCUCCAAGAAAAGUUCAGACAUGGUAUGGUACUUGUGAUAAAAGAAACUUGUGGUGAAUUCAGAAUUUAAGAAUUCUGUGACUAAACAAGCAAAUUGUGGGAAAGAUACUGACUUACAUUAGUAGGAAGAGUUCCCUGUCCCCAAAAAAUCAUAGAUCCCUAUACCUAUUAUUGAAUUUAACAUUACAUUUAGACACAGAGAGGCUAUUGAAGUAAAAUUGCCUUUCACUGUUAAUUUUAUGUUAAUAUAUAUGAAUAUAUAAUUCAUAUAAUUUUUUCCUCUCCAUUUCCUAAAAUCUUAAGCACAAAGUGGACUUGAGAUAGUUAGUCCCAGAGUAUAAAUGAUACUACACAAGUGCAGAGGCCCAGAGAACCACAUUGAGCAUCUGUUAAACAAAUUCAUAAAGGAAAUCACAAAAUUUUCUAAAUAUGCUCUCUUCAAACUUUCUUUUUGAACAAAAAUUAAUUUCAUCCCAUUUCCAAUCUUGCAUUUAUGAGAUGAAUCUGGGAAAAUGUAAUUAUUUAACACUCUCUACCUUAGUUUUGGUGAUGUUACAAAUAAGUAUAAGAUAUUGAUAAAAAUUUUAAGUUUAUCUUUAAUCUUUGCUCAAAAUUUCUCAGUAAAUAAAAAAUAUUUGAGGUCCUUUCAGAUCAUUUACUUUUUCCUUACAUUUCUGGGGCCCAAACCUGAGCUGACAAAGACAAUUUUGCAAAUUUUUUUAAUCUUAUAAGAUUUGGAAAUCCUAUCAAGAGUUUCUUAAAAGAUAAGCAACAUUCAAUAAUAAAGUUCCUACCUUUG